AUGGCCGAAACCCUAAGCCCCAAUCCCACGCUGGGUCAGAAGCAGAGGCUCCGCAUCCAAUCUCCAACCAGCCCCUUCUUCUUGGGUUCCAACGACGACCAGCUCGAACGUGCCCAGGCACGCGCCGCUCGUGCCGCCGCUAUCCGCCGCAAGAGCCUCGCCCUCUCCCAACCUCUUCACUCCAAUUCCGAUCCCUGCCUAAACAAACGCCAGAUCCUUGAUUUGUUCCAAAACUGCAUUAAGCUCGCCAGCGAAAACAAAAUUAAUCAGAAAAACACGUGGGAGUUGAACUUGAUUGAUCACCUCACUGAUAUUAUUAAGGUCGAGGAAGAAGAUGAUGCAGAGACUAAUUUUCAAAAGGCAAGCUGCACUCUUGAGGCUGGAGUCAAAAUUUAUUCAUUAAGGGUGGAUUCAGUACAUUCCGAGGCAUAUAAAGUUCUCGGUGGGAUGAAUAGAGCAGGCCAAGAAGCUGAUGAGCAAGGUUAUAACACUAAUCAGGAGGGUGCUAAUAUUGAGAGUGGACAUGAAGAAGGCAAGAAAGAGACGAACAAAAAGUUGUCCCCUUUGUCAACACUGGAAUCGUCUUUUGAGGUUCUUAAUGUAAAGAAGUUUGAUGCUGCAUUUGUUGUAGAUCCUCUCUAUCGCCAGACAACAGCAAAAUUUGAUGAAGGAGGAGCCAAGGGUCUUUUAAUGAAUAAUCUUGGUGUAUAUGGUCGAUGUAGGGUGCUCUUUGAUUCACUAGAAGUGCCUGCUAAGUGUAUGACAAGCCAAAAUCAACCUGAUUUUUCAGAUACUGUCGAUCUUUCUUUUGCCAGAGAUUGUAUUGAGCAGAUGGUAUUGGACCUGCGUGUGAAGGAUGAAAUUUCUCCAACUCUUAGGACUAUAGUAAACCAAUUUGAUGAAAGUAAUAGAAGGCCUACUGAUUUUCAACUUCAUGACCAGAAUUCGGCUGCAGAUCUUGAUCCUGCUUUUAAUGGUGAAAAAGGUUUUGACAAAGAAGAAUAUGAAAACUGCACAUCCUGGAGUGAUGAUCACGACGAUCAAACAGUUGUUGCUGAUCUAGACUGUAAUGAUGAAGAUCCAAGUUUUCCUAGUUACCCUCAGGAAAAUGAGGCAUUUCCUUCCCCAGACCGCGAUAUGGAUGACAGAUUUGAAAAUGUUGACGGCUAUUUAUUUUUGAGUCUGGGUUUUAGUUCAAAACAAAACGCAUGGGCAGGUCCCGAUCAUUGGAAGUAUCGAAGAUCCAAAGUCUCAGAGGUUCAUCCUAUAUCUGAAGAUGGGUCGACUGUGAAAACUAGGCAGCCAAGGAGUAAGAAACAGGCCGAAGUUGAUUUAAAUUUCACAAAUUCUCUUGAGGAGAAAAUGCUAGAUAUAUUUUCUCUUCCCAAGAAUCCCAAAUCGUUACUGCUUCCUGAAAGCAGAUUGCCUUGCAAUACAAAACUUCCAGAGGACUGCCAUUAUGAGCCAGAGGAUCUUGUCAAGUUAUUUCUUCUCCCUAAUGUGAAGUGUCUUGGGAGGAGGACAAAAAGGUUCUCAGGUAAAUAUGGAUCUAGAGAUCAAUACAAUGAGUGUGAAUCGUUCCCUUCGUGGGAUAAUGGAAGUGUUUGUGGGGACGACUCUGGUGACUAUGAAGGUGAUCUUCAUAGUGACAUGGAGGACUCCAACACUCUUAUUACUCAGCCUCGUCAGGUCAAUAAAAUUGAAGUCCAGUAUGACAAGACUUCCAAACAAGUUGAUGUUCAGGCACUUAAAAUUACACUUUGGGACCACGUUCAAGAAUCUGUUAAACUUCCUUUUCAGGGUCAAAAAGACACCGUAUCUUUCAGGAGUAUAUUGGCCGACUUUCCUAGCGAAUGCAAUGCUGCUGCAAACAUUAGUGACAUCUCUCCUCAUCUGUGCUUCAUAUGUCUAUUGCAUUUGGCAAACGAGAAAGGUCUGAGCAUUCAAAGCUUCCCCAACUUGGAUGAUCUUGCCGUACGCCUUCCACAUGUUGGAGACUCUCUGAAAGGAACAGUUUAG